UCUGGUUACUGCGAAAUUUCAAUUUCUGCCAAAGAUUAAUUUACAAUGGCGAUCGCUUCAGUCCGGCGCAGGAUUUGCAAAGUCCUUUUGAACGCCUCUGUCAACAGAAGCUGGAGUUCCGAAGCGACACUCCGGCCUCGGUACGACGCUGUGGUUAUAGGCGGAGGUCACAAUGGGCUUAUAGCUGCAGCGUACCUACAGAAAUCUGGAGUGAACACAGCCGUGUUGGAGAAGCGCCAUGUCAUCGGGGGGGCUGCUGUGACAGAGGAGCUCAUUCCAGGUUUCAAGUUUUCCCGUGCAUCUUAUGUGCUCAGUUUGCUGAGACCUCAGAUUUACAAAGAUUUGGAACUGAAGAAACAUGGAUUAAAGAUACACAUCCGGAACCCAUCUUCCUUCACCCCGAUGUUGGAGGAUGGAGUUGGAAGGAAACCACCUCGCUCACUCCUGAUGGGCAAUAAUAUGGAAGAGACCCAGAAACAAAUUGCACAGUUUUCGGCAAAAGAUGCACAGUCGUACGCUGAAUAUGAGGCUUUCAUCAAUCACAUGGCCUUGUCCGCGGAACCUCUACUGGAUGCAGUACCCGUGGAUGUCCCAUCACUAACUGGUGGCUCGCUGACGCAGAAGAUACGGUCCCUACGCACUCUCAAACCUCUCAUCCAAACAGGUUUUAAGCUGGGGAGACGUAUUCCACAGUUCUACGAACUACUGACUGCUCCAAUAUCCAAAAUUCUAAAUCACUGGUUUGAAUCGGAACCUCUGAAGGCAACUCUGGCUACUGAUGGAGUUAUUGGCGCAAUGAUAAGUCCACAGGCUGCAGGCAGUGGGUAUGUACUGCUUCAUCAUGUGAUGGGGGAGCUCGAGGGGAUUAAAGGGGCUUGGGGUUAUGUGGAAGGUGGAAUGGGUGCACUUUCCGAAUCCAUCGCCCGCGCGGCUGCAGAUCAUGGAGCCUCAAUAUUUACAGAGAAGGUAGUGGACGCCAUUCUCGUGGACUGUCAUGGGAAAGCCCAGGGAGUUGUGUUGCAAGAUGGAACCGAGAUAAGAAGCAAAGUGGUUUUGUCCAAUGCCACUGCUCAUGUGACCUUCCUGCAGCUGACACCAAAGGAAUCACUGUCCAGAGACUUUAUUAAGGAAGUUUCAUCCAUCGACUACACUUCUCCUGUUACAAAGAUCAAUGUUGCAGUGGAUCGCUUGCCAAACUUCCUGGCUGUACCCAGCAACGAUGGGAUUCCUCCUUCACAGUAUAUAGCUGGUACCAUUCAUUUGAACUGUGAGGACAUGUCCUAUAUCAAGGAGGCUUAUGAGGAAGCCUGCCAGGGCAUUCCAUCCACCAGACCGUUGUUAGAGUUAUGUAUCCCUUCGAUUCUGGAUCCUACCAUCGCUCCACCAGCCUGCCAUGUCAUCUCUAUCUUCACCCAGUACACACCAUACUAUCUACAAGGAGGUAAAGAGUGGGACGAACUGGAAAGGAAUCGCUACGCUGAUAGAGUGUUCGACUGCAUUGAGCAAUAUGCCCCAGGGUUCAAGUCCUCCGUGAUUGGGCAUGAUGUCUUGACACCACCAGACCUGGAGAAAGUGUUUGGCUUAACUGGAGGGAAUAUUUUCCAUGGAGCAAUGUCACUUGAUCAGCUGUAUAUGACACGACCUCUACCCUCAUACUCGAACUACAGAUCACCUGUCGAAGGCCUUUACCUGUGUGGCAGUGGAGCACACCCAGGAGGUGGAGUGAUGGGAUCGGCAGGCCAUAAUGCAGCACAUGUUGUCCUUUCUGACCUCAGACGGCUUUAACGGACCUUCUGGCCAGGGCUACCAGCUUUGAAUACACCUCAACAAAAGAAUAUGCUCACACAGUCUACGUGCUCAGUGCUUAGAAUGAUUUUUGAAUAUGGAAAUCAAAUUAAUAUCAGUCCAUAGCAUCAGAGAGGUGCACAGGACAGAAUUGAACCAGACUUGGGUCUUUCAGAGAGUGAGACAAUCAGCCCCUAUAUUAAGAGAUAACAAAGUGUGGAGCUGGAUGAACACAGCUGGCCAAGCAGCAUUAUCUCUGAUACAAUUUAAGCCCCUAUAUUCCUGACUUUUUCUUUAUCAAGCAUUUAUUCAGUCCUCUUUGGAAUGCCUCUAUAGAUUCCACGUCUAGCACCUUGCAAGGCAGCAAAUUCCAGAUUCCAAUCACUCUUGGUGUAACAGAGGCAGUGGACAAUGGGCAAAAGGACUCUAGGAAGUAAAAAAAAUCAGAGGGACCUUGGUGUGCAAGUCCAAAGAUGCUUGAAGUCAAGAAGACAGUUAGGUAAAAUGGUGAGAAAGGCGUACGGGACACUUGCCUUUGCUCAUUGAAGCAUUGAAUACAAGAGCAGGGUGGUUACGGUAAAACACUAGUUCGGUCACAGCUGGAGUAUUGAAUUUAGUACAGCUCUGUUGAAGAGUCAUCGAGGCUCGAAACGUUAGCUUGGUCUGUCUCCACAGAUGCUGCCUGAGUCGCUGUGAUUUCCAGCACUUUUUGCCUUCUGUACCAUGUGCAGUUCUGCUCACCACACUGUGGGAAGGAUGUGAUGGCACUGGGUUACCUGGCCUGCAGCAGUUUAGCUUUUGAAAGAGUCUGGACAGGCUGGGGGUGUUCUACAUGGAGCAGAGAGGGCUCAAGGGGAAACUCAAUUGAGGUGCACAAAAUUGUAAGGGGCAACGACAGAGAAAAACAUUUCCCCUUUGAAGAAGGUCAGUUAAUCAGGGGCUCAAACUUAAGGGAAGGAGCAGGUUAUAGAGUUUAGAGGGGAUUUAAGGAAGAAUGUUUUCACACAGAGGUUCAUGAGUAAAAGGUGACAGGGGCGGGAACUCUCAGAACAUUGAAGAAAUAUUUUGAUGAUUGCUUGAAACUCCCUUGUGCACAGGGCUUAGUGCCAAGUGUUGGAAAAUGGGAUUAGAAGAGAUAGCUUUUUGAUGACUAGUGUGGAUGCAAUGGGCUGAAUGGUCUGUUUCUUCAAUGUGCAACUCUGUGAUGCUAAGAACUAUACUGCUGUAUCUAGUAAAACAUGAAGUAACCCUUCUAAUUUUCAGGUUCUGGAUUAAAUGUGAUAAUCUAUGCAAGCACAAUGUAAAUUUCAAGAAAACAUGCAAAUUACUUAUGGAGGUUUGACCUAUUUGUCAUUUAAAGCCGUGAUAAACCAAUUCUAAAGUGGACUCUAUAUCCUUUACUCAGUAUUAAUGUAGCUGCUUGGUUUGGUCUUGGAGAAUUAUGAAUGAAAGACAAUUUGACAACAUUGUGUGUUUCAAAUGUCAGUAAAAAUCUUAGAGGAGUCAGCAGCCCAUUGACAUUUUGUCAGUUUAAGCUUUAAGUUAUGUUCCUUUGUUGUAAAGUGAUCUUUCAUGAGCUGCCUGCUGAUAUAGAUACAACGGCCUUUUAAUGUCAGAAGUGUUUUAUGCAUCUCUUCCUGACCACCAGCAAUUGAAGCAGUCUGCUCGCACCAUGGAAAUAAACUGCUUUAAAAGUC